GGAAAACAUAUAAAAGAGGAGGGAGCAAGUGAGGGAGCAAGUGGAGGAAAGACGAGGAGAAAGGAACUCACUCACAUUUUGAUAAAGAUUACAAACUUCUGCAAACAACAGACAGCGUGAUGCCUUCCAGCAGAGACCUUCCUCUUCCUCGGGUAAUCAUUUGCCUGGUUCUCAUCAGAGGUUACUCUCCCCUGCCUACGACAGGAGUUACAGGCACAGAUCCCAUGGGACCCCAAAGACCACGUAGGACUGAGGCCCUUAUGCUUGCCUCAGAUGAUUACUCUACAUAUGAAGACAUAGUCACCACUAUUUUACCAGAGAGAGUGUCUCGAAAUGGAGGGACCCUUAACAAAUGCGACUACAAUUCCUGUCGGGAGAAUCAGAUCCCCUGUGCUGAGCUAAGAGCCUCCACCGGCUGCUUGUGUCCAGGGUUUACUUUACAUAAUGAGGCUCCAGAGGCUCCGGAGGUGAAAUCAGUGUCCUGGAACGGGUCAGAGGUUGUAAUUCAUUGGUGUGCACCUCAUUCAAUUGUCACAGGUUACAUUGUGACAAUAGGGGGGCAAGAGAGGCAGAAGUUUGGGAAGGACAAAAGGAGUGGCGGAGUGGGCAACAUAGACGACGUCUCAGAGGUUUGUGUGCUCGCAGUGAAUGAUGCUGGAAAGAGUGGUACGUCCUGUAAGAUGUACCAGUCCAGCAACAGCAGUCACAACAGUCUGACUCUGAAAGCGGGACUCAUCGGGGGAGCUCUGGGCUUCUUGCUUCUCCUCUUGCUGGCUGUCCUGCUCUGGAGGCACAAGAGGCAGAGGAAACAGCAGGCCAGCAUCUCUAUGCAUGACACAGCAGAGACACAGUGAACAGGAAACAGAGUGAGACUGGACGCUCAGUGAGAUAAGACUCUGUCCCAUGAGACUCCUCAGCCUCAUCGCAGUUAAUUAACUGUGACUAGAUUAUAAUGUCUGAGGUUUUCUGUACAAAAAGGCUUUCUGAAAAUGCAGAAGUAAACAGGUUUCAUCAUCUUAUGUGACUGUAUUCAACUGGAAACUCAUUGGCUAAUUCUUGUUUCAUUUUGAAAACCCCUCGGAAGUUCCCACUGCCACGACUGUAGGAAAAUAUUACAUUCAUUAGCUUAAUGAAACCCAGAAGAUUAACAAACAAGAAUGCUUAAUUUAUGUGCAUUUCAAAAAUUAGCUGUUUGGUGGACAGCUCUGAAAUAUCAGGUGUCAGGACUUGUGUCAGCACGCAGUCCCUGCUUGCAACUGCUAGACUGAGCAACUGCUUAUUCUAGCAUCGAUCAUUAGUUAAUGAGAUAAAACAUCCAAAACCAUCAGUACAGUAAUUUAUAUUUAUUUAUUUCUUGAGAGAAAUUCAUAUUUAGCUUUGUAUCACGGCAUUUUUCUGGUAAUCCAAUGACUUUUUACAUGGUUUAUUUAGCUUAAGAAGUAGCGGAAUUUUCUCAACCUAUGAACACUUAAUCCUUAAAUUUAUCACAAAAACUUAAAAUAAUCAAAUUUGGAGACUUUUUCUUUGAGCAGUGUAGUUCAUGUGAUGGACACAAGAUGAAGUGCUCUAAAUCAAAAGUACCCACUGACACAAAUCAGGAAGUUAUUUUAAAUAAAACUGAAUAAGACUUUUAAAGUUUUAAUAGUAUCAAAUUUAUACCAGAGACAACAGCUGAUGGUUACAAAGGUUUAAAUGAUAUAAUAUUAUUUGUGGCCAUGUCAGAAUAAUUUAAUCAGGGUGGAUCAAAGCUGUACACAGUAGAUACACAGUGUAUCUAAAAAUGUAUAUGGUGUCUAAAACUCUCUGUGAGAGUUCAUCACUAUUUAAUUAAAGAUUGAUUAUGGUUUUAAGGUCUGAAAGUGAAUGAUGAUGCUGCAUUAUGUACUGUAUUUAUGAGCAUCAUUUGGUCGGUUGCCUUGGACCAUGCAUAUGUUAAGAGUUUGAUUUGACUGAUGUCUAAAGCAGACAAAACCAGACUGACAGUUCAACUGGUGCUACUGGUAAUUAAAAGUCUGACUGUUUACCC